GUGUUUUUUUUUUUUUGACGUUUUGUGAGUUAGAGCUUGUUGGAAAUCCCAGUCUCUCUGUUUUUAGUAGACCGCAGGAUGUCACUUGUCCUCAUCGUCGAUAAGUGUCUGCCUUCGGCAACUGCCUUUGUUUUUUUGUUUUUGUAGGCCCCUCCGUUCCUCCCUCCUUUUCUCUUUCUCCUUUUUCCCCAGGAAAGAGACCUCACCCACGAGCCACCAGGCCCACCAUUAAUCCAUUGAAGAACUUCCUUCAACCAAACAGGGCUUCGUCAGAGAUCGAGUAAGAGAACUCCCCUCAAUCUCAGCAUUUAUAGGAUAUAGGAGUCUUAGAUCAAUGUCGGAUUCCCUUUCUUCUUCUUCAUUUUCCCCCUGUUGCUGCCCGUAAGGCCCUUACAUCGUGAUCUCUUGAAGCGACAGAAGGCAGUGGCAGUGGGCCAUUGGCAAAAGGCAGGCAGCUCACUGCUGCUCCUCCCUCGUUUCAUUUUUGAACAAAUGGGCUUUUAAAAGAGAAUCACUGCUUAGCUAAGCCAGUAAGAAGGGAACUGAUCAGAGUUACGCACACGGUGUUGGGGAGCACCUACCGUCGGAAUCCUCCAGUCAAACCUGUCACUAAAAGGAGUGGACCCGAGUAAGUGUCAGCGGUCGUCCGCUGGUUGCGUAAUUUCCGAUGCUUUCUGCUGUAGAGCUAUGGUCGGAGUGAAAUCGCAAAGCUUUUACCACUGGGUCGACUUGGUCUGAGCCGGUGAGUUCUGCUGCUUUCUGCCGCAGUGAUUUGUUAUUGAGAUGAUCCAGACAGAAGCAGCCGCCCCCAUCAAGCGAGUCCAAUGGCGAGAAAAGAGAGUCAGAAUCGGAGUGCGGCAGAGAGCGGCGGUGGUGGUGGGGGGAGUUUAAAAAUGAAAAACACAGUAAAGGGAGAGGAGAGGGGGGUGUUUUCUUCUGCGUCCACGUGCGCUGCAACAAGCAACAACGGCUACUCCCUCUUUGGAGGGAGUUUUUGAUUUUUGUGUAUUUGUAAGGGCAUCGAGUGGCGCCAUUCGGGGAAACUCCCCAAUUGCAAUUUGCAAACAAAACGAAGGAACCUGGAGAGAGAGAGAUGCAGAGGCAUGCCCAUUAACCAUAGUUAGAAAAAAGAAAAAAAGAAAAAGAAAAGCGCAGACAAUGAGACAGGCAGAGAGUUGAUGCUGUUAGUAAUCACGCUUUCUGAGAGUUUCAUCAGAUCUGAAUCAGUGCUCCAAUCUACGCGGCUUCUUCUACUCUACUUCCUUCUCUCUCUAAUAAUCUCCUCCUCCUCCGUCCUCUCUUCACCUCUUUCCCAUUCACCUGUGAGACUUCCUUCCUCACCCCUCCUCAUUUUUCUCGCUGAAGUUGCUCCUGCUCUCGUCUGUUAUGUGAUUCUUUAGUUGGAAGGAUCUCCAUGUUUAUUACAAAUUAAUUUGGGAUCCCCUUUUCUAUUGCCAAUUAAUUUGGGCACCAAGAGAUCGCCUUUUGUCCAUUACAUGUUUGGUAGUUUCUUCUUGUUGAGCUGUAAAUCGCUGUGCAAUCGCUCGGAUUAUAGAGCAUUUGGCUGGGAAGCAGCGGCUGGGAGUGAGACGGUGAAACACCUCUCGCCGGGUUGCCAAAUGCACAAAAGGAGAAAGAAUCGAUUAAUGACGGAAUUAAUUAGGCCCCCCUCUGGUUGUGGCCGCUUCAGCUUGCUUUCCUUCUUCGCUGCUAUCAACAUUCUCCUAUGAGUGGUGGUUGGUGUUUCAGUUUUCAAGAAGCAACGUGAUGGUUGAGAGGAGGAUGGUCAGGCACUCCACUGAUUCGGGCGAGCUCCGCCUGAAGAAGGAGCUCAGUGCCCUUGGAAAGGCUCGAUUUCUGCGCGACCCGGAGACAUGUUCCUCCUGGAGAUCUCCAGUGAGCACUACCCGCUUCUCCACCAUCUGUGCUCCCCCGAGCCACUCGCCUGGUGCCAGAGCAGGAGGAGGAGGUUCUGAGAUCGGCAUGUCCAACUCUGUACCUGAGCGGAAGGACGCAGAGGUGCUGUUCGAGCUUGACCACUCGAGCUUGCAGCCGGCUGUCCCCAUUGGCAGAGAAAAGUCCAUCUUCCUCUACAACUGGAGGCACCGGUCCAGCGGCAAGGGGAAAUGGUCCUUCUCCAACGUUUUGGGUGGCGAGAACGGCCGGAUUCAUCCGAACAGGGAUGAUAUGCAAGGAUCAGUUAAUGAGAGCAGCACCGGAGUGGGCGAGAACAGUUUCAGCGAUUCCCUGAGGGAAGAUCCUCAGGAUGUUGCUCAGCGCGUCGAGGAGUCCUCCCCUGUGGUCCUGAGGAGGCCCAGCAGGAAACCCCGGCAAAAAAGCAAUGAAACCGAUGCCAGAAACGGUCGCUCCAAUCAGGAGGCACGCUCGAACUACUGCAAUUCCGGGGAGUUUGGGGUUUCUCUGUACGAUUCAUCCCACGAGGCGUCCCAUGCGCGGGCCGAGUCACCCCUGCUGCGCGGCUACUCCGUGGCUUCAGAAGAGCAAAUGAUCAACCCCAAGGACGAGAAAUGGAGCCGCUCGGCCAAGUUGCUGAGAGCUUCCAGGAGGGAGGAGGCGUCUUACACGCCCGCAUCAACGCGCAACCCCAGCCUGAUCGAUUCUUGGGAUGGGACAACUUCAUUUGGCGACAAUGAACUGGACGACUAUCUGGACGUGCAAGGGGGCCAAGGGUGUGGCAUCCCCUGCUAUUGGUCGAAGAAGAUGAAGUACAACAAGACCCCUCGCUCUUGCUGUUCUCCCUCCUUCUCCGAUGCAUUGAGGAGGAGGAGGAGAACCAGGAGCCGGGGCCCCGGGAGCAGGGGGAGCAGCAUCCUCUGUGCAGGACAGUUCAUGUACUCCAAGCGCUCGCGGUCGCCAUCGCCGUCACCGUCGCUGUCUCCGUCGGCUUCCAUCUCGCAGCUCGGCCGCAAAUGUUCCAAGGCCUCGACUGAACCUUCUCCGGUUUUGCCCUUGCUGCUGACCGACGGAAGGGAUCACGGAGCGGGUUCAUCUGGUGAGACUCUAAUCGACGAGUUGUCGACGGAUUUCGGGGAGCUUGAUCUGGAGGCUUCCAGUCGUCUGGAUGGAAGAAGAUGGUCCUGUUGCAAGAGCCCCUCCGAGCAGCUGGCAUUGGCAACCGGAACAGGUCGAGACAGAGGGGUGCCAGAUCGAGAAACGCCGAGGAGUCUGAGCCAGAAGUACCGUCCGAGGUCCUUCGACGAGCUGGUAGGGCUGAAAAUUGUGGUUCAAUCGCUUGUCAACGCGCUGUCCAGAGGAAGGAUAGCGCCCAUGUACCUCUUUCAAGGUCCUCGAGGAACCGGAAAGACGUCUGUGGCCAGGAUCUUCGCGGCCGCACUGAAUUGUUUGUCAACGAAUGAGGCCAAGCCUUGCGGGUUUUGCAAGGAAUGCAUAGACGGCGUUGCUGGAAAAAGCGCCAGCACCAUAGAGUUGGAUGCCACCAAUGGCAAGGCUAUGGCUAAAGUGAAGCAGCUGUUGGAGAAAGCUUCUGCGUCCCCUCGGCAGUCAAAGUACAGAGUGCUUCUUAUAGAUGAAUGCCAUGUGCUGUCCAUCAAGACGUGGACGGCGUUUCUUAACCUGAUGGAGGAACUUCCAUCCCAUUUGGUUUUCAUAUUCAUUACCACGGAACCGGAGACUUUGCCCCGUGCUGUUGCUUCCCGGUGCCAGAGGUACCUCUUUCCCAAGAUCAAAGAAGCAGAUAUCGUUCCAAGGCUCAGGAUGUUGGCUGCAGAAGAGAAUAUGGAUGUCGAACCGGAUGCACUGGAUUUGAUAGCCUUGCAUUCCGAUGGUUCUCUUCGUGAUGCAGAAACGGUGCUCGAGCAACUGGGCUUGCUGGGGAAGAAGAUCACUGCAUCUCUAGUUAAUGAUUUUGCUGGUGUCGUUUCGGAUGACAAAUUGCUUGAUCUUCUUGAGUUAGCCAUGUCCUCCAAUACCUCACAAACAGUUAAAAGAGCAAGAGAGCUGCUGGAUACGGGGGUCGAUCCGCUGGCUCUAAUGUCCCAGUUAGCAGCUCUCAUUAUGGAUAUCAUUGCAGGAACUGACAGACUAGCGGACACCAAAUGUGAUGGAUCGGUUUUUGAUAAACAAAGCUUGACCGAAGCCGAGUUGGAAAGUCUAAGGCAUGCUCUAAAAAUUCUUUCUGAAGCAGAAAAGCAGCUCCGCCUCUCGAGUGAUAGGUCAACAUGGUUUACUGCUGCUCUCUUGCAGAUUGGCUCUAACAAUCAGCCUUCUCUCGCUCCAAAUAAAACCAAACAAAAUGUUAGGCAUGCUGAUGACUUAAAGGAGCAUAAUAACAUGCAAACUGAAGGAACUAUUCAGCAUAAAAUGACAGGGAGUGUGAACAAGCAUGAGGAGGCAGCAUCAUUACCCAUUUCCGUAUCAGCAAAUGAAAAUGCUUCUUACCCUGGUGGUCCUUCAUCUAGUGAUUCUAAAAUGGAUAUCAAUGAUAAUCUGCUGACAUGCAGCAAAUCAAUGGAGGGUGCAUCAGCUGUGGGUGAUGAAGAUGUUCAGGCGAAUGUGAGUGGGUUUAUACACAUAAGCACAUGUGAGCUGGAUGAGAUCUGGAGGAGAGUUGUAGAAAGGUGCCACUCGAAGACUUUAAGGCAGUUGCUGUUUAGUGAUGGAAAGCUAGUGUCAGUUUACGAAGAAAACAGUGCACUAAUUGCUUGUAUAGCAUUUAAACACCAAGAUCAGAAAGACAGGGCUGAGCGAUUUCUAAAAAGCAUAACGAACUCAAUGGAAAUUGUUUUGAGACACAAUGUAAAGGUUUCGGUUGGACUUCUAUCUCAAAUGGCCGACAUGUCUUCCAGAUUUUCAGUUAAGGUACCAAGUGUCUCACCAAGAAAGCAGACAGGGUCUAGUCAUACCAUGGUUAAGGAGAGAACAGAUAAUACCAAUGGAGGCAAUCACUAUGGCGGACAAUUACGGAAUGAAGCAACUACUUCCAGCCGGAAUAAUCCUGAUACCUUGGAAGACAGCAUUGAUGAUUCUUGUGAUGGCUCUUCUUUACUGGAGGAUAACUUCAACAGAUCAAGUUUGACAGUGUUUCCAAUAGAGGGAAAUGGAGGAUCUUAUAUUAGAAAAUAUUUGGAUAAUGAAAUUGCUGUUGAUAGCACAGACGCUGUUGUCGACGAGCAGAAGUUGGAAUCUGCUUGGUUGCAGGCAGUAGAGAAAGGUCCACUAGGAUCAACUGGCCAGCCAAAGCAUGUGCGGAAUCAAGUAACCUCGCAGGAUGAUUUCUUCAGUCAUAACGAAACUGCCUCUGUGAUGCAACCUGUUGCUGCAAUUGGACAUCCUGGAGAGGAUGUGAAUCCUAGAAGCCCGUCCAUAGGGGUCAUUGGAAGCAGGGUGCAAGUUCAAAAAUACCUGGAUAAUCCUUGUCCUCUUUCGCCUAGCUUACUUCACAUGAGGAGCUGCAAAUAUGAUUCUGACACGGGUGGAUAUGAGUCCGCGCCUGGUUGCAAUGGAAUCCUUUGCUGGAAAACCUUCGGGCAUCGCAAGGGAAAGGCAAAGCCAAUGAAAGCAGCUCGGUCUCACGGAUCUAGAUGGUGUUUAUGCGUCAAAUGCUGUGGGAGAUUAAGUAGCAAUGCAUGAGAAAGUUAAGAAGUCUGGGGGUUCAGGCGGGCUUGCACAGACAAUUAUGAAACUACUUGGAAUUGGAGUCCAAAUGGAGGUAAAUUGUCCGACCCCGUCCGUCAUUUGAUAUUCUUUUGUGACCUGCAACUUCAACAAAAUGACCCCCUUACGGAAGGUUACACCUGGAUAUGACAUGCCCGUGUCUCCAUUCGAAAGGUGACAGCUCUGAUGCUUGGUGACUAUCUAUAAUUAUGUAUUCGAGAACAAAACGUUACACUCUGUACCCAUCUCUGUCCCCAUCUCUGUCUCUCUCCCCUCUGGAUCCAUGAAAUAGGUACUCUGAGGAAGGCUCUUCUCGAUGUAUUCUAUCCUUAAACUGAAACAUCGGGCCCGUUGGAGUUAUUGAGAGGUCAUCAUUCUUUGAUGCCAA